CGCAACUUUCAAGCAUCAAGCUAAUCAGGCCCAACCGACAAAUUGUGAGCAAUACACCCGAAUUUUUUAUCUUUCCGCAAGAAUGGGAAAAGGAACGGACAAACUUUACAUCACACACUCAGAAUGGGCUUCAGAAGAUGCUUACGGCGCCAGCGCCGGCGCAGGAGCCGGUAAAGCGCGCCGCGGCACGGGCGACGCCUCGUUCAAGCGCCUCCCUUUCAAAUUCUGCUCUUUAUCCCUGCAACCCUUUGAGCACCCCGUGUGCACGGCGUCCGGCACAAUCUUCGACCUAACCAACAUACUCCCUUGGAUCAAGAAGCACGGGACGAACCCCGUGGACGGGACGCCGCUCAAGGGCUCGGACCUGAUCAAGCUAAAUAUCGCGAAGAACGACGCGGGGGAGUACAUUGACCCCGUCACGUUCAAGGUGCUCACGGAUAACACGCAUGUGGUUGCGCUGCGGAAUACGGGGAAUGUGUUCGCGUGGGAUACGGUUGAGAGAUUGAAUAUCAAGGGGAAGAUGUGGCGGGAUCUGGUUUCCGAUGAGGAGUUUUCGCGGAGGGAUAUUAUCACGCUGCAGGAUCCGCAGAAUAUCGAGUCGAGGAAUCUGAGCUCGUUUAAUUAUAUCAAGGAAGGGGAGAGCGGGUUGAGUGAUGAGCAGAUUGCGGAGAGGGAGGAUCCGUCGCGGAAUGUGAAUGCGAGUGCGUUAGGGAGUUCGGCGAAGAUUCUCAAGGCGAGGGAGGCUGUUGCGAAGGCGCGGGCGGAGAGGGCGCAAAAGAAUGGAUCGGGUGCGGCGUCUAGUGCCUUAUCAAAGACGAAUGCGCCUGCAAAAGCAUCUGUCCAAAAGACCGCUUCCUACCAGGCUGGCAAGCCGGUGCCAUACAACGCUGCAAGACACACAACGGGAUUGGCUGCUGCAUCAUUCACUAGCACGGGAAUGACGCCGCAUACGUCGGCCGAACUCGCAGUGCUGUCGGAUGAAGAAUAUAUGCUGAAGAGGGGUCGGGUAAAGCAAAAGGGAUAUGCUCGGAUCUCGACUACUUCUGGAGAUAUCAACCUGGAACUGCACACGGAAUAUGCACCAAAGGCCGUUUGGAACUUCAUCAAGUUGGCCAAGAAGGGGUACUACAAGGACGUUACCUUUCAUCGCAACAUUAAGGGAUUUAUGAUCCAGGGAGGAGACCCGACGGGUACUGGAAGAGGUGGUGAGAGUGUCUGGGGCAAAUACUUUAAUGAUGAGUUUGAUGGCCCGCUCAAGCACGAUGCUAGGGGAACGCUCAGUAUGGCGAACAAGGGCAAGAACACGAACACGAGCCAAUUCUUCAUUGCUUACCGUGCCCUGCCCCAUCUCAACAACAAGCACACGAUCUUCGGAAACGUCAUAGACGACCCGACUCCCUCAGCACCAACACUCAACAAGCUAGAAACUCAUCCCGUCAACGCGACAUCCAACAAACCCACACCCGACAUCCGCAUCAUCGACGUGACAAUCUUCGUCGACCCAUUCGAGGAGUUCCUGAAAACGAAGCAGACAGAGCAAUCCGCACAAAAGGGCGAGGGCAAGGGCAAGGCCGCGGCAGAAGAAGAGCAAAGCAACCGAACCAUUGACGACGACCAAGUAACCUGGACCGGGAAGAGAGUUCGCGGACCCGGGAUAUCGGGCAAGGAGGAAAGUUCAGCUGGAGUCGGUAAAUACCUGAAAGCUGCGCUGAACGAACGCGCCGCGCAAGAAGAGGACGAGAUUGUGGAGUUCGUGGACGACGAGCCGGAGCCGGAGCCGAUGAGGAAGAAGUUUAAGGGUUCUGGUGGAUUUGGGGACUUUAGUUCUUGGGACUAGGCUGCCGCGCGUCUUUCGAUGCCUAGUAGGCUCUGUACGAAACGUCCACGGUUGACCGAGCUGUUUCAUGAUCUCGGGUUUUUGGAACGCUCCUGCCGCUUUCAGGCGAGCUCAUCGGGAGCCCAUGUGUUCAGCCACCGUUAUUGCGACCACCUCUACUACCUGUAUGGCCGACCACUCUUGGUGAGAGGAGCACAAACUACCGUCCCCUCGAUGUCUUGAAUACGGAGCAUAUUGGGAUACCGUGUCUCGUUGAGUAUGUAAAAUGUGAUGAUUAUGUCGAGUUUAAAAUGGGUAGGUUGCUACAGAAGACCACUGGACGGCGGUCCGGGAGGGUUGUCUCGCAGGAAAAACCAUGUGGGAGAGUCUGGCUGAACUUUGAAGAAAGUAACCUUUGCGGAAAUCGAUCUCGACCCAACGCUGGGACGACAAGGUUUUUUCGUGAGCAGAUCUCUUGACCAAGCAGAAGUUUUUCUCUCUCUGUUCUUUUUUCUCUCUCGAUCUUUAUCUGCAACUUCCUCUUCAUUCUCUCUUGCUUGUCUCGCCACCUGCUCACCCUCAAAACGACCCUCGAUAACAUCAUGCCUCCUCUGUCUCCUCCUUGGCUCGCGAGUUUUCGUUGCGGAAAAGGCGACAAAGCCGAAGAAGGCGAAAAGACUAGAAUAGCGAAACCGCACCGUCGCUUAUACACAUCAGACGUCGUCAAAGAGAUUCUGCUCUGUCUGGAAAUGCGUCCGCUUACCAACUGCCAACGAGUUUGCCGCCUGUGGCGCGACGUAGUCGAGGCAUCUGAUACACUCCACAGAGCGCUCUUCCUAAAGGCGUCGCAGAGGCAAAUAUCGUCCUCCGACCCAAGUGAAAGAAAUCCACUCGUGUCGAAUCUUAUUUGGCCCAAUCUCUAAAAUUAUAAAGAGGCACAGCACCGCAAGCAUUGGCUUCCUAAGAAGCAUAAAAAGCAUAAUUUCUUCCGGGAAAGAGCAUACCUUCGUCCGGAAGCAAACUGGAGACGAAUGCUGCUCCAGCAACCCCCUACAGGUCGCAACGGAAUAACGGAACUCCUGACGGACCAACAAAGGGUGCCGAACUUAUCGAUUAUCUCUCGCCAACCAAACGACAAUCCCACGUUCCUCCGGAUGCACCACCUGAUAGCUGCCAUCGAAAAGGGCGUUUUGACGGCCCUUAGGUCCCGCGUCUUUGCAUUCUUGGCAACGAAGUCGAGGAACGCAAGCCUUGUCACCUGGAAUUCCCGUGACCAAAUUUGGUACGCGUGGUCCCAGGACUUCUUUGGCUGUGACUUUGUGAUCUUCACCGUACGGCGGCUGGUUAUGCUCGAUGAAGCGUGUGCCCGGGGCAAGCCGUGGCCGCGAUGCCCUACCGAGCUUGACGUGUGGUAUCAUGAACAGUUCGGCCUUCCUUACUGGCCAGAACCCACAACCAAAUCGAUACCUUUACAUGGCACAACCGGGUUUUUUAAGAGGUAUCAGGAAGAAGACGAGGAGGAGAGUCUUAAGCGCUUAUACCCCCUCUAGCCGGCCUGUGCAUGCUUUCAUUGCUAUUUAUCUACAAUUUCAAUCAGAUUGGCUGUUUUGCUACCCC